AUGCUGCGCUAUCUGCCGGGACUGCUCCUGCUGCUCUGGCAGCUGCUGCUGCUGCCACCCCCCGCCGUCCCCGGCCCCCUGGACCGCCCCGGCUUCCUGAGGCUGGGGACCCGCGGCCCAGGGGGCAGCCCCGGACGCCGUCCCGCUCCGGCCGCCCCCACCGGCACGCCCUAUUCUGGGGUCGGCCAGCACGGCGGGGCCCGCGGCGCAGGUGUUUGCAAGAGCAUGCCCUUGGACUUGGUGUUUAUCAUUGAUAGUUCUCGUAGUGUACGGCCUCUGGAGUUCACCAAAGUAAAAACCUUUGUCUCACGGGUAAUUGACACUCUGGACAUCGGGCCGGCGGACACGCGGGUGGCAGUGGUGAACUACGCCAGCACCGUGAAGAUCGAGUUCCAUCUCCAGACCCACUCGGAUAAGCAGUCCCUGAAACAGGCCGUGGCGCGGAUCACACCCUUGUCCACAGGCACCAUGUCGGGCCUGGCCAUCCAGACAGCGAUGGACGAAGCCUUCACAGUGGAGGCAGGAGCUCGGGGACCCGCUUCCAACAUCCCUAAGGUGGCCAUCAUCGUGACAGAUGGGCGGCCCCAGGAUCAGGUGAACGAGGUGGCGGCUCGGGCCCAGGCAUCCGGUAUUGAGCUGUACGCCGUGGGCGUGGACCGGGCAGACAUGGAGUCCCUCAAGAUGAUGGCCAGUGAGCCCCUGGACGAGCACGUUUUCUAUGUGGAGACCUAUGGGGUCAUUGAGAAACUUUCCUCUAGAUUCCAGAAAACCUUUUGUGCUCUGGACCCAUGCGCGCUGGGCACACACCAGUGCCAGCAUGUGUGUGUCAGUGACGGGGAAGGCAAGCACCACUGUGAGUGCAGCCAAGGAUAUUCCUUGAAUGCCGAUAAGAAGACGUGUUCAGUUAUUGAUAAGUGUGCUCUUAACACUCACGGCUGUGAACACAUCUGUGUGAACGACAGAACUGGCUCUUAUCAUUGUGAGUGCUAUGAAGGUUAUACCUUAAAUGAAGACAGGAAAACAUGUUCGGCUCAAGAUCAGUGUGCUUUGGGCACACACGGCUGUCAGCACAUUUGUGUGAAUGACAGAGCUGGGUCUCAUCACUGUGAAUGCUACGAGGGCUAUACUCUGAAUGAAGAUAAAAAAACGUGUUCAGCCAUUGCAGAAGCACGAAGACUCAUCUCCACAGAAGAUGCUUGUGCAUGUGAAGCCACACUGGCAUUCCAGGAUAAGGUCAGCUCGUAUCUGCAGAGACUGAACACCAAGCUUGAUGACAUUUUGGAGAAGUUGCAAGCAAAUGAAUAUGGACAAAUACAUCGUUAAAUUCCUCAAAUUUUUUAC